AGACAUUGAAGUACAUGUGGGAAAGUGAUGGCACAGAAGUGACAGGGCAGCAGUUCUGGCUUGAUCAAAAUGUUAGAAAUUGGCCAGGAAAUCGAAUAGCUUACAUUAGCUCAGGGAACCAAUGGAGCUGGGUGCUGAUAAAUGAUACAGGCAUUGAGAGGCCAUUCAUGUGUCAGAUCAGCAAGGAGUAUGUCUUCAAAAUUACUCAUGUUCUCAGAGGAUUUGAUUAUGGUCUUGAUGAAAAUGACCCUGAGCAAGUUCCCAGAGGUCCGAAGUUUACAGUGUUGCCCACCGACAGCAUUUUCGAUGCACGAAGUCAGAAUAGAUACGUGAGGAUGAACUGCGACGCAGAUGGCAACCCACGACCAACCUACAGUUGGGUGGUGACCAGACAGCUGGAAACAAAACCAAUCAACACGUCCGACCCGUCCAUCACUUUGACGAACGGCAUCCUGACCAUCAACGAGCCAACAGACAGUCUUCAUAACGGUGUUUAUUACUGCAUUGCUUCUAAUUCUUUUGGAAGCAUCAGAACGCACGGUGUUCAACUGAGUUUUGGCUAUUUGAAUGAUUUCCCAAAAUCGAAAAGGGAGCCGAUUAUUACAGGAACUCACGUGGGAGCCCGAAUUGAAUGCAUUCCACCAAAAACUAAUUACGACAAUCUGGUGUACAGUUGGUACAAGAACACACCGACAAAUUGGAUCAGACAGGACAUCAAAUGGCACACCUUCGUGUCUGCUGACAGCGUAUUGUACUUCCAGUAUGUCAGCAAGGAUGAUGAAGGCAACUACACGUGCUUUGUGACCACCACUCAGCUCGGCAUGGAAGGCAAAUCCAGCAUGCCCAUCCAGUUAAAAGUCACAGAAUCAGCUGCUAGUACACAAGAUCCCAUCAUUGUUAACGGCUUCCCAAAAGCUUUUCCAAAGAGUCCAUUGGUUGGCAAUGAAGUGAAGCUAGAAUGUAUAGCCUAUGCAACAGAUUUUAAUAGACUGACGUACACUUGGUCUCGACCAGAUGGCCAGUUCAUGCCUUCUGGAUAUAGAUUUCAGAAUGAUGAUCAGAGAGUACUUGUCCUGUCGAAUAUUAAACUUUAUGACUCAGGCAUCUAUCGCUGCACAGCUUCAAGUCAAACUGGAAGAGCCGACACCAAAGAUGUCAAUUUGGUGGUGGAAUCGGCACCGUAUUUCACCAUUCCUCUUGAAGAUCAGCACAAAGAUCUCGGUUCAACUGUUGAAUGGUUCUGCAUGUCGUACGGCAUUCCUUCUGUCACCAAUGAAUGGUUUAUCAAUGGAACGCUGUUGGAAUAUGUCAAAAUGCCGCCAGAUUUGAAGAACAGGUACUCCGUAAGUGGCAACAAGCUGAUGAUCAGCAACAUCACCUAUCGUCACGCUGGCAUGUAUCAGUGCUCGGCCACGAACUCGCAUGGCACCAGCUUUUCGUCUGCACAACUAAGAAUUUUAGCCUUUGCGCCAUCAUUCAAAAAGAAUCCUGUGCAGCCGAACGUGUUUGGCCUGCUGGAUGGUAAUGUCACUAUGCUCUGUUCCCCCGAGGCAUCGCCGCCGGCUAAUAAAGAAUGGUUCAAAGAUGGCAUGGCAUUGAAUCCGGGAACCGAUCCAACGUCGCGUAUUAGAAUGUUACCCAACGGAAACCUAUUCAUCAGGCAGAUUUCUUCAGAAGACAAGGGAAAUUAUUCUUGCACUGCGCAAAAUUCCUAUGGGACGGCUUCAAGCUCUGGUCGAUUGUUGGUUCUACCCCAGUUCACCAUCCACCAGCCGCCGAGAGAUACAGUUGUGCUUGUGAACCAAACAGCAUUCUUCCAUUGUGAAGCAGCAUACAACCCCGCAAUUGACAUCACGUACGACUGGUACCACAACAGCUAUAAAAUAAUGUUCAUUAAAGUCCGUAAUCUUGGAAACACUGUCCAUGUGUUUAAAGAGCCAUAUUAUGAAAGAGGAACUGGGAUUUACAGGGGCAGUCUUUACAUUUACAAUGUUCAGUUCUUCCACGCUGGUGACUACUGGUGCGUUGUGAAGUCAACUACUCAAUCAGUCAGAGCCAAAGGUCUUCUAGUAGUUGAAGGCCCACCUGGUGAACCAGCGGGAGUCCUGGGGUCAAAUGUUGGCCCCACCAACCUGACGUUAACAUGGUGGCCCGGUCCUGACAAUGGACAGAAAACAACGAUGUUCGUCGUCGAGGCUCUCAAUACUGCUGAAGGCUUCUGGAGGCGAGUCAAAAUUGAAUCUCGAGAUACAUUUGUUCAGAACGUGAUGGUCUCUACCAUUGUAGAUGGCUUGAACCCAUACACGGAAUACAAGUUUCGCGUGUUUGGCGUGAAUAUUUACGGAGAAGGAGUACCAAGCAAAAAUUCUCCCCUAUAUAGGACUUCUCAAGCCCCUCCAGUUAUUUAUCCGCUUGGUUUGAAAGGUGGCGGUGGAAAGGUUGGAACGUUGAAUAUAACGUGGGAACAAGUGCCUCUGUCAAGUUGGAAUGCUGAGAAGGGAAAAGUUGGAUACAUUGUUCACUGGAAACGUUAUGAUAUGAAUGAUGACCAGUGGGCUAAGACGAACAUCACCGAUCCAAUGAUCACAAAGCUCGUUGUUUUGAUUGGUCCGCAAAACUUUUACAUGUUGUACAACCUGAGAAUUCAAUUUUUCAACCCCAUGGGUGUUGGUCCCAUGUCUCCACAAGUCAAUGCCAUGUCCGCUGAAGAUUUGCCAACCGGUGUACCGAUCAGCGUGAGAGCAGUGUAUGCAAACGCUACUGCCAUCACUGUUGAGUGGCUGCCCGUUGCAAACACCAGGGAGGUUAUGCGGGGAGUUUUGCUUGGAUACAGGAUAAAUUAUUGGGUGGACAAGGAAGAGGACGAGCAGAUGGGACUGUUCAGGAUCAUUCGGAACAACACGGACAACGGACUGAUCAUCGCACUGCGGGAGAACACGGACUACAUGAUCAACGUGCAGGCUGUCAACACGGCUGGCAACGGUCCAAAAAGUGAAAACUACAGGACGAAAACGUUAAGAGCAGCUCCGAAAGAAGCGCCCCAGCAAGUAACAGUUUCAAUGAUAGACGAGCAGUCGGUGCAGCUGCACUGGAGAGGUGUCUACACGACCAUUGAAGAGGAACCACUGGAAGGAUACAUCGUGCGGUAUUGGAGGCGUGGUGAGAAUAUUUACGUGGCGAAAAAUGUUGAUGCUGGCAAACAAAUCAGAUAUAUCCUCAGCGGGUUGGAGCAGUACGUGCAGUAUGAGUUGAGAGUCUACGGCUACAGUAGAGGAGGGGAUGGUCUGCAGAGUUCCCCGACGCUCGAGUUCAUCAUCGGAGACAAAGCACAAAUCUUACAAGAUUCGCCGGACAAGCAGUAUAUUGUUUCUGGUCUCGGAUACAUACCGUUCAUACCUUCGGAAUGUUCUCUUCUCCUACCCAAAUUGUUUCACAACUUGUUCAUUAUCGCGGUGACCUUUCUGUUGAGAUUAAUGUUAAUUUCGUAGAAGGGAUUAUUUAUCACCCAUUCUAGAUUAUUGUCUUCUAAUUUUUCACCAUAAUUAGCACAAUUUUAAGGGUCUUUGAAAUUGUAGCUCGCCGGCUGUACAUAAACUUCUUUUAUACCAGAUUUUAUUUUGUCUAAUACAUAUUUACAAAUAAACAGUUUGAAUGUUUGCGCUAUGCUAGCAGAGUCUUUAAAAUGUUCAAAUCUUAAAUUAAUCUAAAAUUAAUUCAACGUUUUGUUUAAUUGUAUUUUUAAACGUUAUUGAGAUGUUAAUAAAGUUAAUGUUUGGCGCGUGAA